AUGUCAGGAACUAAGAAAUUCACUCUCAAGGAAAUCGCUUCACAUAAAACCAGGCAAUCUUUGUAUGUAACUAUCCACGGAAAAGUCUAUGACGUGACAAAGUUCAUAGAUGAGCAUCCUGGCGGAGAGGAAGUAAUACUCGAGGAAGCUGGCAAAGAUGCCACUGGUGCUUUUGAUGACGUAGGACACUCGGACGAAGCACAUGAAAUAUUGAAGGGAUUUUAUAUUGGUGAUUUGAAGGAUGCACCACCAUCAAUGACACCAAAGCAACAUCCAACUCCUACUACUCCUAAAGCACCUCAAGCGGAAUCAAGCAGGUAA